GAGAAAAGUUGUCCGAGAAAAUGUUUCUGAUAGCGAUUGCCAUUUUAUUGGUCACCAUUUUGGUGUUCAAGGGUGUGAGGAUAUUCAACUACAUAGACCACAUGGCCGGGAUUAUGGAGAUGAUCCCGGGACCCACACCAUAUCCCUUCGUGGGAAACCUCUUUCAAUUUGGCCUCAAGCCAGACGAAUACCCCAAAAAGGUUUUGCAAUAUUGUCGGAAAUAUGAUUUCCAGGGUUUCCGUUCCCUGGUCUUCCUCCAGUACCACAUGAUGCUAAGCGAUCCGGCGGAAAUUCAGAACAUUUUGUCAAGUUCAACGCUGCUAUACAAGGAGCACCUGUACUCCUUUCUGAGACCCUGGCUGGGGGAUGGCCUGCUGACGAGUUCCGGAGCCCGUUGGCUGAAGCAUCAGAAACUGUAUAUUCCCGCAUUCGAACGCCCCGCCAUCGAGGGUUAUCUGCGAGUGGUCCAUCGGACGGGCGGACAGUUCGUCCAGAAGCUCGACGAGCUGUCGGCAACGCAGGAAAUCUUCGAUGCCCAGGAGCUGGUUGCCAAGUGUACACUGGAUAUUGUGUGUGAAAACGCCACUGGCCAGACUAGCAGUUCGCUGAAUGGAGAGCCCUCGGAUUUGCAUGGCGCCAUCAAGGAUCUGUGCGAUGUGGUGCAGGAGCGCACCUUCAGCAUUGUGAAGCGCUUUGACGCCCUCUUCCGACUCACCUCCUACUACAUGAAGCAGCGGCGGGCUCUAUCGCUCCUCCGGAGCGAACUGAACCGGAUUAUCGCCCAACGUCGGCACCAGUUGGUCGGAGAAAACUCAAGCCAGCACGCGGCGCCAAUCAAUAAGCCCUUCCUCGACGUUCUGCUGACCGCCAAACUCGAUGGCAGGGGCCUUAAGGAGCGGGAGAUUAUCGAGGAAUUGUCUACGUUUAUAUUUACGGGCCACGAUCCCGUUGCGGCUGCCAUAUCCUUCACUCUGUAUACUCUAUCCCGUCACCCGGAGAUUCAGCGCAAGGCUUUCGAGGAACAGCAGCGCAUUUUUGCCAAGAAUUUAUCUGGAGAAGCUGACUUGGUUAGUCUGGAUCAGAUGUACUACCUGGAGCUGAUCAUUCGAGAGACCCUGCGCUUGUAUCCAUCCGUACCACUGAUUGCUAGAACUAACAGAAAGUCCAUCGAUAUCAAUGGCACCAAGGUGGCCAAGCGCACCACGGUGAUCAUGUGCCUCAUUGCCAUGGGUUACAACGAAAAGUAUUUCGAUGAGCCUUGCACUUUCCGGCCGGAGAGAUUUGAGAAAGCUAAUGGAAAUGUAGGCAUAGAGGCUUUUAAGAGUGUUCCAUUUAGUGCAGGUCCCAGACGUUGUAUUGCUGAAAAGUUUGCCAUGUACCAAAUGAAGGCUCUGCUCUCCCAGUUGCUGCGUCGCUUUGAAAUCCUGCCAGCCGUUGAUGGACUUCCUCCAGGGAUCAAUGAUCAUUCCCGUGAAAACUGUGUACCUCAAAGUGAAUACGAUCCUGUAUUAAAUAUUCGAGUGACGCUUAAAUCGGAAAAUGGCAUACAAAUCAGACUGAGAAAACGAUGAAUAUAUAAAAACCCGUAUAACCAGAAAAUAAAACUAA